AUGGUUCCUCCUUCACGUUUUCUCGAUGACAGACAAGGCAGGAAAGGAAAGCCAGGGGAGGAGGGAGAGAAGGAGGGAGAGAGGGGGGUGUCGUGUGUCUGUGUGGAUUUAUGUCUACUCCCAGGCUUUAUGCCCCCUUCCCCCUUUGUCUCCCCUCCCUCCUUCCUUUUUUACUUUGUGCUGUCAACCUUGAAGGCAUCUGUUCUGGUCUGGUGGAGGUGGGGACGUGAGGUGGGAACGUGAGGUGGGGACGAAUGUGUAGUGGUACAGUUGUAGGAUAGACAGGCUUGAUUGUUCAGCCAGCAACGUGCUGCCUGUGUGUUGUUUAAAGGGACUAGUCUCAGAGUUUAUGGUGUCUAACAGGUUAGGCAGUCUCUUCUGGUUGGGCGUGUUGAUGUUUUGGAUUGGAAGCGUUGUGCGGAUCGUGCCGUUUGUGUGUGUGUAUCCUGGCAGGAAAGAGUAGGCUCUCGCAUGCUGUUAAUAGUUGUCGGAGCACGUGGUCUGCUCUGUCAGAAGCACCGUGGUAGGUGCCCGCAGGUGUAAGCGUGCUGCGGUGUGUAUAACACAAUGUGUAUGAAGAGAGAGAAGGUAUUUGUGACAGUCUCAUUUGGCUAAAUAUAUCUGUGAAGUCCCAGAUGACCGGGUAUGAGAACUGUCAUUAUGAUCGUGUUAUUGCUUGUACAGCGGAUCCCUGUGUUGUUAAAGUGUUUCGGUUUAAGCAGGGCGUGUGAACCGGUGAUUCAAUUGUUAUUGUAUGUGUUAGAGAGAGAUAGAGGAAGUGUGUCAGUGUAUCAACUGUGAGGAAAAGAGAUGAACAACAAUGUGACUGACUAUGGGUUGUUGGGUUGUGCAGUUUUGUGACCACGCUGGUUCAAUAUAUUGCAAUUCUCCAAACUGUUGUUACUCACUCUGUCUCAAACCCCCCAUCCCCUAAACUCAGUCUGAUGAUCAGUCUGUGAUGGGGCAACGUGGGGCCUCUCAUGUAUCACCGGCCGGCUGUUCCCCCCCUCCAUCCCCCCAGGGACCCCCACCAGACUCCCGGCACAGAAGGUGAAUUCAAAGGGCCUGAGCAAGCGGCCCGUCCAGUAAUUAGACACUUCAAAAGGCUAAUUUCAAUAUAUUUAAACUAUGGGGAAGCAGGGUGUCUGGUCCACUUCAGCUGUCAACCAACUGUAGGAACUACAAACGAGAGCUGUGUUCUCACUGUGAAUAUAGAUGUGAUAAAGUCUGCAUUUUACUUAGACCUGUUGGAUCAUAACUCAAACAACAAACCAGCCUAGUUCCUCUUUUAGGUAUGGCCAGUCUUUUGUCAUGGUGUAGCCUACCUUUAUGUACACCUAUAUGUGUGUGUACAGUAAACUGUGUUUGUGUGCAUGCGUGUGUAGUAUACAGUAUGUAUGUGUGUACAGCAUACUGAAUGGAUAUUAUUAUGAGUGUGUAAUCCUCAUAGAGCUCAAUCUGUCUGAGCUCACAAGACUUCAAGCUUUAUCAAUGUCUGUCUGUCUGGUGCAUAGAGCAGGGCUUGCCUUUCACCUGCUAUAGCCUCAAUGUCACUGCACUCCCUGUUCUGGUAGGUCCAUAGUGCCAUGUUGAAGACUUCCUUAUUUAGUUUAGGCUAUUGUAGAAUAGGACUUGAAGAUGUUCAGAGGCAAAGUCAAAGUAUAAAAUGUGGAUAUUCAGUGUGUCAUAGAUUCGUGUCUCGGUGUAGAAGUGGUAAAGAUAUAUUAUUAAGUCAUUCCACAGACUCUGUGUUUGUACUGUCUGUUAUGCCUCCUCACACACAGUAAAUCAUAAUGAAUGGUCUUCAGACGUGUUCUACCUGUUUCCUACACACCACUGACAGACAGUGUCAUAUUACUCUAAAGAGGAAGUGACAUAAGACUACAUAGAAUAGAUCAACUUCCCUGUUUGUAUGUCAGAUGCUUGUCAGUUUGUAAACAGUUUGUAGACACACAGAAAAGAUGGACACAGUUUUACUCAUAGGAAACAACUAAUCUUAGUAUGGGCCCCAUUUUGACAAAGCAAAACAGCAGACCCAGUACUUCCAAUACUUGUAUGAUGUCCAUUUAAGGGGUGUCACUGCUUAUGCAGGUUUGAAAUAAAACACUGCAGAUACAUGAUUCAAGCACAGAUCGAUUGCAUUUCAAACUUGUUUUGAAGUCAGUGUCACGUUGAGAAGGCAGUUUGAAGCAAUAUAGUGUGUUUUGACAAUAGCACUGCUUUGAUGUCAUCACAGCUAAUGUAUUGGAUGAGCAGCUUCAACCAUCAGAUGAGAUCAUCAUGCUCUAUCUCUAAUGGACUCUAAUAGAAGUGAGAGUCAUACAAGGCUCUACUAUUAUUUUACUACGCACACUUGUGAAAUGGCAUCAAGAAUGUCACCGUAGACUAUCAAUACACAUGAUUUGGUAUUACCACACUACUCUUUGCUACAUCUUUCCUCUCAAGAUCCUUGACACAUUCUUAUCGCAUUUGUUGACCCAUCAUGUAUUUAUUGAGUGUGUCUAGUCUUACCGCAUGGUGCUAUGACAGGUGUUGAAUGCAGCAGUCCUGUAGAGAUGGAUAGAUACUCCCCUGUCAUAAAGGCCUGAGGGAGGGAGAGGUUUAGGACAACAGGAUCAGGAACCAGGAACCCUGCUUGGCUAAUAGACAGUCAUUGACAACAUAGAGAGCUAAUAGACUUUUAUAGACUGGUAAUAUGUUGACAUUUAAAUACGGAAGUUGAGUUGCAAGUUUAUUACGAGUAACUAUAGAAGUGAAUGGUAGAGAUGCACUUUGCAAUGGAUGCUGUCCGUAGUUCACAGUAUUCUCCUUCGCCUUUCACUUGUUCUUCCUUGUGUAGAACAGAUAUGUAGAGAUAAUUGCCAUGAAUUGUGUACAUUUGAUUACUUUUUAAAUGAUCAUUUGUGUGAUCCUUUGUGUCUUUGGGGGGAUGGUAAACCUUUACAUGGGCUGACUGCUGUGUGUAGUAAGUAGCGUGAAUUCAACACUCUGAUCAUUGUGGAAACACUCUGUUGAAGCAGUUAAACAGUUAAAUCAAUUCCCCAAUUGACCUGACUGUGUGUGUGUGUGUGUGUGUGUGUGUGUGUGUGUGUGUGUGUGAGAGCGAGAACCCAAACCAAGACCCCUGAAAUGAGGAAUGGAUUCUAGCCAGUGCCCAGUCAUAAUUAUUAUGAUCUGUUGAUUUGUCUCUUCUCUGUGAAUGCUUUGUUUGAGUAUGAUACUAUAUUAAAAUGAUCAACUGAAUAAAAACGUGUUGUUAACAUGUUAAAACAAUAUAUUUGUGUAUAUUGAUUGCUAUUGUUUAUUCCGACUUGAUGCACAGUUCCUAUUUGGUUUUUCUGCUCUCUAACCUCUUUAAUCUGUCCUCCCUCUCUCUCUCAGACUGCUUCGGACACUGGUUCAGUGGAUGGCCCCAGAAGAGGAGACCAGAUGGAAACUGGGUCACAUGACCGCCGCGAGGAAGGCGGUUCGUUGAGCCUGGAACCGACCAAUGGAGUGAGCCGGCAACCCAGUGACACCCAUGAGGAGGGUGGAGCCGGCCUGGAGCCCCAGAGGGAGCCCCAUCGGUCAGGGAGUGUUCCCCCAGGACAGGGUUGGGUACCUGGGCAGGGCAAAGCCCCCCACCCCCAGAAGCAGCUGCCCUGCAGUGGCUGGAGCAGUAGUGGUAGGACUCCUGGGAAGCACGUCCACGAGGCAGACAUGGAGGACGCACACAACCUGGUAGCCUUCUCAGCCAGCGUGAGUGUGGGCUCUCUGGCCCCCAACCCCGAGCCCCAGUCCUACACCGCCCAGCUGUAUGAGAAGUUUAACCAGGAGAUGGGCACUGCUGAGGGGGCCGCGGCUCAAGCCAGGCUCCAAGCCCCAGAGGGAGGGAACCAGGCUAGCUCCCCAGAGGACUUGAACACCCUGCAGACUGCCCUGCAGACUGCCCUGAGCCAGGCGAGGCACGGCCACAAGCCCCCCAACUGUGACUGUGAUGGGCCAGACUGCCCAGACUACCUGGAGUGGCUGGAAAAGAGGAUCAAACAGGCGGGGGCAGGGGAGGAGCAGGACAACAACACACCCUGUUCCAAGAUGACCGCCGACACGGUGCCUCAUCAACAGCCCCCACACUCACAACAGCUCCCUCACCCCCACCCCCAUCCUCACCCCCAUGUCAAUGGAGGUAACCCUCCCUCCUGUCCACCCCUUCACCCACAACAACAGGGCCAACACCCAGGCUUUGUCCCCUGCUCCCCUCAGGUCCUCUCCAUCGCCAAGGAGAAGAACGUAAGUCUGCAGACGGCCAUAGCCAUCGAGGCCCUGACCCAGCUGUCUGCCACCGCCCCCCAGACCAUGGUCCCUCCUGCCCAGGCCUCUUCCACAAGCCACCACCCCCAACAACCUCCUCUACACCUCCAGCACGGCAACCGCUUGCUCCCCUCCUCCCCCGGCCCCCUCUCUUCUUCGUCCUCCUCACGGUCACAAUCCGUCCCUCCUGGACUGUACCCCCAGCAGAGCCCCGUGUCGUGGGAGCAGCAGCACAGACCCCAGUCCCAGGGUCAUCCGGCCCACGCCUCCCCUCUCCCAUCCUCCACUUCGCCUUUCCCCGGGCAGACCCAGGCAGGCAGCCCCCACCCUCACCCUCAGCAGUGGCAAAAGCAGCAGGCCCCUGGGGGAACCCAAGAGCAGAGGAACCAGUGGAUGAUGAUGAACUCAGAUUCCCAGCAGUCUCACUUCGCCCCUCCAUCCGGUGGCCACAGCGUUGGUGACCCCAUGUCUGAGCUCAAACAGCUACUUGGGGACUCCAGCGGAAAGUACAUAAAUAGCCCCUUCAAACUGCCUAUCCUACACCACCACAUCAAGCAGGAACCAGGGAUGCCUCAGGUCAAGCAGGAGGUAGACUCCGGGGAGUACCAGAGCUCUGCCUGUGCCUACAUGGGCGGCCGCUACGGCUUGAUGAACGGCCAGCAGCAGCCUGGGUACCCUGGUCCACCUCUCUCCGCUGGCAGCACAGCCAUCCACUACUCCACCCAGACAGCCCUGCAGCAACACCUUCACCACAAGAGGAACCUCUUCUCUAACCCUCCCGGCCCCCCAGGCCUCUGCCCUCCGUGGCCCACCCAGGCCUGCCAGAACCUCCGCAAGUGGUGGCCCCAACAGAUGGGCCCCGAGGGCCACCUCAUCCCCGUGGCCAUCAAGCAGGAGCCCAAGGAGCCCAAGAGGAGGAAGAGCAUGGCGGGGACAUCUCCGCUCCUCAAGCAGCAACCGGGGAUGCUGCUCCAGCCAGGCCCCAAACCCAAGACGAUAGUCAUCAAGAAAACCAAGCAGAAGGCCUCCCUGCCAACCUUCCUGCCUCACAGCCAGAUCUCCAUACAGAAACCGUCUCCACUCACCAUGAUCGGAGCCCUGCCUCUGGCCAGCACCCAUCCAGGUUCUCUCCCUUUUUCUACCUUCCCCGUCCUCAGUAACCCCACUCAGGCUGCCGCUGGCCUCCCUGCCCCGGCCCAAACUCAGGUAUCCAUUUUAAACUCUUCUAUUGUACCCUCUGUCACUGCUCCUGCCUUCUCUGUAAACACUCCAGCCGUCUCAACCCCUCAGCCUCUCCCUGCAGCCCCGGACGCCCCGGCUAGCUCAGGGGAGGUCAGAGCCACACAGACCUCCACCACCUCUCAGUCCAUACCAGGCCUCAGCUCCCUAGACCCCAAGUUUGAGGAGCUGAUCCUCCAGUUCGAGGCAGAGUUCGGGGACAGCUCAUCCUCGGCCCCAGAGCCCUGCCCUCCUCAGAUCCAGCCCCAGGACCAGGCCCCCUCAGCCUCAGCCUCAGCCUCAGCCCAGCCCGUGGUGAUAGAGUCUCACCCCAACAUUAACUCAGGACAAGCCAGGCCCGCAUCACCAUCACCAUCCAGCACCACCACCACCACCCAGCCCUGCAGCCCUACUCCCUUAGCUUCUACCACAGCCCCACCAGCAGACCAGGUCAUGGAGGUGGACAAGGAGAAGGUGUCAGGGGGUGUGAGUGAAGCAUCCUCCACCUCCACCACACAGCCCUCCACUGAGAGCCCCAUGGAGGAGCAGCGCGAGGGGGCCCAGCUGCCUCUCUCCCUGCGCCAAGAGGUCCAUCUGGAGCAGCAGCAGCACAGCGUCCUUGAAGACCCCUUCACCAUGCCUCUCUCCCCCUCCGCGUCCCCGCUGCCCAAACGCAUGAAGAUCGAGACGAAUGGGAAGGUAGCUGUCCUCUCCACUACUGGAUUAUUCUCUGAGGGGGGCGAGGAUGACACCCCCACUAAGGACGGCUUCCCCCUCAACCCCUCCCUAAAAGGCUUCCUGGAGUCGCCGCUACGCUACCUGGACACGCCCACUAAAAGCCUGCUAGACACACCUGCCAAGGACCUCCAGGCUGAGUUCCCCAACUGCGACUGUGUCGGUGAGUAGUGCGUCUGAGUGUGUGUCUGUGUUUGUGCUGAACUGACAGUUUUAAUGUAGCUACAUUUCGACCACUGCUGGGCCCCAGAGUUACACGUGCUUUACAUUCCCAGUGAGUGGGCUGUACACAAAUGUUUUGGUGUAUAUAAUAAAAAGAGAAAACGAUCUAGUAUCUAGUAUAGAAACACACAAACUCCUAUAGAAGACAUGUAUGCUAUCUUAUUGAAAUCAUCUUACUCCAUACAUUUAGUAUUACUAGAAGACAUUAAAUAUACUGUACAGCAGUGACUGUUGCUAAACAGCAGGUAGCAGCAGGUAUAUUUAAGCAAUAAGGCCAGAGGGGGUGUGGUAAUUGGCCAAUAUACAACAGCUAAGGGCUGUUCUUAGGCACGACGCAACGCCAAUCAGCAUUCAGCACUCCAACCACCCAGUUUAUAAAGAGGUGUACAUCAAGUUGCCCAAUCACUUCUGCUCCAGCUCCUCCCUAUGGACAUCUCAUGAGUGUGUCUGAUAAUGUGUGUGUUGCCAGCCGGUGUGUGUGUUGCCGGAUUGUGUGUUGCCGGGAGUGUGUGUUGCCGGCGUGUGUGUCCCGAGCCUCUACUCUCCAGUCAGCUACAGUGCAAGGUGCGGAGGGAGACAGUGGUCUGACCAUACAACACCAGAAAGAGUCCAUUGUGUGGGUCUGGCUGACAGACAGCAUAGAGUAGGCCACUCUGUCUAGGCUACAUUUCUGACAGAGUAGGACACAGUCUCUCGGGCUGCUUCCCAAAUGUGCACUACUAUUUGUGCAUCCUAUUUGGUGCACUGCUUUUGACCAGGGAUCAUAGGGAGGGAGAGAGAGAGAGAGAGUAAGAGUGAGAGAGAGAGAGAGAGAGAGUGUGAGAGAGAGAGAGAGAGAGAGAGAGAGAGAGUGAGAGAGAGAGAGAGAGAGAGAGCAGCUGCAUGGAACACUUGCUAUGCUGUAUGCUGUAAGGCUGUUACUAAGAGAAAAGGCAGCCAGACAACGGGUCUCCAUAGUGAAGCCUAUUUACACUCCCCUGUCAACACCACACCGAAACACCCCAUGUGUAACCUGACUCCCUCACACACGUACACACACACACAUUGACUCAUUCACUCCUCUCGUUCAAUGAAUCUCUCUCUUUCUCUCACUCUCAGAGAAGCAAGCAUAGUUUUACACAUCCCUCUACUCUGCUGAUUCCAAACAUGGAACCACUACUCCCCCUCACACAACUAUUUUCUCACACACUAUUUAGGCCAGUAGUCCUAUGUAGUAUUUCCUGCUUCUCUCUGACCACGCCUUGCCUUGGUUCCUCCCUGCACUGUCAGAGGAAUGUGACCUCAGAUACACUCUCUCAUACUCUAGCUUCCCUUCUUACACGCACGCACACACACACACACACAAACACAAACACACACACACACACACACACACACACACACACACACACACACACACACUGACUCAUUCACUCCUUCAAACAGCCUUGGUUCUACUGUAGUGUCCCCACCCAGACUCUCCCUGCAUUCAGAAGCUCACUACUAUUCAUAACAUAGUCAGUCACAGGCUACAGGAAGUGUGUGUGGCUUUACAUCUGUCUUCAGUCAACCUAUCUAUGGUUCCUCUUUGUUUCCAUGGCUUGUUAGAUCUGAAUAAUUGGGCACUACUACUUCUGAUACCUGCAAUGUCACAGAACUGUCCUGCACUAAUCCAAAUCAUACAAAUAUUAUUGUGUGGUAAAAGUAAAAAUGGUGGUUGAAUUAGGACUGCAUUGUGAACUCUGUCUGUAACUCUCUCUCUCUCUCUCUCUCUCUCUCCUCCUUACAGAGCAAAUCCUGGAGAAGGAUGAGGGUCCGUACUACAAUCACCUGGGCUCUGGGCCCACUGUGGCCUCCAUACGAGAGCUGAUGGAGACCAGGUGAGACUUCUGGAGCAUAUCUGAUACCUGUUAGAGAAGAGACUGACAUAGACUGAAAUAACUCAAAAACCAUAGUAGUAUGAUGCAUACUAGUAUUUCCCUCUAGAUAAGGCAGGGAAAAGGAGCAUGGACUGAAAUUGCCUGAAAUAGCCAUAACCUGAGUGUCAAUAGAUGGGUGGAGGAAACACUACAAAAUACUUUUGUAGCUAGUGUGCUUGUCCAGGGAUUUUAGCCCCCUAGAUUAUAGCCACACAACUCGCAAUGGCAGUCUCCUGAUUCACCUAGAGCAGAGCUAGCUGUCCUCUUCUUCACACUCUCUCUCUCUCUCUCUCUCUCAUUCUCCAUCUCUCAUCUUUCUCUCCCUGUCCCUCCCCUUCUCCAUCUCUCCUCUUUCUCUCCCUGUCCCUCCCCUUCUCCAUCUCUCCUCUUUCUCUCCCUGUCCCUCCCCUUCUCCAUCUCUCCUCUUUCUCUCCCUGUCCCUCCCCUUCUCCAUCUCUCCUCUUUCUCGCCUGUCCCUUUCUCCUUCUCCCUCUCCCCUCUCUCCCACUUUCUCCCCUUCUCCCUCUCUCUCCAUUCCCUCUCUCCUUUCCUCUGCCUCUCUCUCCAUUCCCUCUCUCCUCUCCUCUGCCUGUGAGCAGGAGGUUAUGUGGAGCUGCUGGCUCUCGCGAGCUGAGUCUUGGCAUCAAACCCUCUCACAGCUGUGAGCUAGCAUCACUCUCUCUCUCUUCCUCCCUCUCUCCAUGCCUCCCUCAAUUUUGCUCUCUCUCCCCCAAUGCUACUGUCCUCCUACUCUCCCUCCUCUCCAUCCCCCUCUUAACACUCCUGUGAUCCUGUCCCCAGGGAAUGCCUGACCCAGAAUCCAAUAGGAACAGGAAAUAACCGCAUCAGCAGAUCAGACUGAACAGAGAAGAGGGCUAGGCAUAGAGAGAGGAUAGGAAAGGAGAGAGGGAGGGAGAGAUGAGAGGAAGAGACAGAGAAAGGAGAGGAAGGGACAGAGAGAGAGAAAGAAUCAAACAGAGUACAUUUGUAUUAGGGAAUGGAUAUCCUAAUACUUACGCAAAUCUCAACUGACAAAACAGGAAUAGUUCAAUGGCAGCUGGAAUGUUUUGGGUAGCGAUAAUGACGAUCAGAGUUUUCACUGACUAAACAUGGGGGGCUGCUUAGGUUGGGUCCCACACAAUGUUGUAUAGGGGACCGGGGUCGAGAGUGACUGGCCAUUAUAUUGAAAGAGGACUAUUUCUAUAGACCAGUGACUCAUCACUCUCCUGAGAGAGAGCAGGAAUGAUGGGGGGAUAGGUGAGGAGAGGAGGGAGAGCCUUCUUUGUUCGAGAGAUGACGUAAGAUCUAAAGCCCUCCAUAGACUCCUCCUGACCCCUGACCCACCUCUGACCCCAUUGGCCCACCCCUGUGGAGGCCGAGCCCACUCCCUUUGACCGGCUGGUGAUUGGUGAAUGAGUUCCCAUUCAGGACAGAGCCACAUGUGUUCCUCCAUGGUAGACCCGCUCAGGGGUGACGUUAUCAACAUGACAGGUAUGAUACACAGGGAAGAAAGAACAUCUGAGUAAUGCUGGUAGCUAACCCAACCACAUCUCUCUACACAUUGUGCAGAGAGAGACACACGCGCCAGAACGUAACCAGGCACAUACACAUACACCAAGCAAACACACACUCAUGCAGUUACACUUUAUUUGGAUAGUCCCCUAUAGAUCUACAGAUGGUCAUGCUAUCAACAAACUAUCAACUGCAACUGUUGAUAUGCAACUGCUUGCAAGGGUUACGGUUAGGUUUAGGUUUAGAGUUAGGGUUAGGUUUGGAGUAAGUGUUAGGGUUAGGUUUAGGUUUAGGGUUGUAAUAAGGGUUAGGGCUACGUUUAGGGUUGAGUAAAGGGCCAUCCACACCAUAACGAUAACUAUGAAUUAUAAAACGUUGACGAGCAACCUCACCUGCGGACAGUCUAUCGUUCUGCAGUAAACCUGUCAAUCAACUGAUCAAAGCAUCUUAAUGCAGGCUGUAGGCCAGGGAUCAUCAACUUGAUUCAGCCACGGGAUGAUUUUUUCUUCAGCAAAUGGUCAGGGGGCCAGAACAUAAUUACAAAUAAUUUGUAGAUUGCAAAUUGACCGCAAGAAGCCCAAACAGGUAUAAUGUUUGACUAAAGCAUAAACAUUUCAAACCUUGCUUACAUUUGUAUACGAUCACGUGUCUCUCUAUUAUGUGUGGGAAUACUUGGGAACAGAUUUCUUAAAGUAAAAUCACUUGGAGCUGAAUUCCUGGUGUUUUUACAGUCUUUUAUGUCCAGCAAUAAAAUACAAUCAAAAAUAUAUUUCUUAAUUUUUUUGCUAAAAAAACAUUGGGGGCCAAUUAAAACCACCUGCGGACCAUAUUCGGCCCGUGGGCCGCCGGUUGGGGAACCUUGCUGUAGGCCUAUUGAUAAGGUGGUAACACAGACCAUUCAGUGCUUCAGGGUGCGUUCAUUGUCAUAGUGACAACUGCAAAUAACACUUAAAUGAACAAGAAAAAUAAUAUAGAAACUCGUAUUUAAAUGUAGCAACAACAAACGCUGUUUAGCCUGCACAUCUUUUACAUGACAUUGCUUGCCUCGUUGCUCAAGUGGUUUGCAAGUGAUUUCCAUUUUUUUAAUGGUUGUUAAUUCGUUUGGAUCUUUUUUUUCCACUGUGCUCAUCUUUCUGUAUGUCCUGUGCAACCAUUUGCAAUGCAUCAGUGCAACCAUGUUAUCAAAACAGGCCAAAGUGAUCACACCAACGCACUCUCUCUCUUCUAAACUUUCCCAGUCAGUUCAUUUGGCCUAGGCCUAUUUUACAUUUGAGCAAUUAGCAAGAGCAAGCCUGCUUCUCUCCACGAAAAGGCUAUUAGGCCUAGUAUAAAACAUUAUCAAAAUAAAUCUCCUAUAGCUUUUGUAGCCUAUAGCUUUUCCUGCGAUUUCACGAGAAGAGGAAUAGUGGAGAGGAUUGCGUCCGUAGCCAUAUAGCCUAUUGCGCACGGGAACAGCUGGAAGAGAAAGGCUAUAGUUCUGUAGCCGAAGUAAGAAGCUAAAUAUUAGGCCAUUCAUUAGCUAAAUAGUAGGGCUAUACAUAUUUACCUGUCUAAGUGCAAUAAUAAUAAAGUUGACAGUUUAUGAAAUGGCAGAUCUGUGCAUUCCUCCAGGCUGCGCUCUGCAUUCCCCUGGCACGCAAAGCUCCACUAUUGAUUACGCAUACAUUUUUAGACAAUAACAUUAUUCUACCGAGGGUUCAACAACACAGUGCAAUGAGGAAUUUAUUAUUGUAUCAAGUGAGUACACAAUUAUUCUCUAGGACUGUAAACUGCAGUGAUGUAUACGCUAAUUUGAAUAACUGCUCAAACGUCCUGUUUUCAAUUAUUCAUGCCGAAAUAACUGCAACAGCCUAGGCCUGAUUAUGCAACCAUUUGGAUCAGUAGGCUAAUAGGACUUUUCUUGACAGUUUACAUGUUCCAGAAAGGCACAUUAGCAGGCUAGUGACAGUGUGUAUUUUGUCAGGUUGUAUCGGUGUUAACAGAUACCAUCAGAAAAUAUGGCCUUCUCAUACUGAUAUGCGCUGUUUGUCGUGGAUCAUCAAUCUCCCAAGUCUUCCUAUAAUUAAUGUGGCUACCAAUAUGCUCACACAUGCCCAGUUUUUCAGGCAACUUUACUGUGCACUCUGCCUUCCCUCCUGUCCAAGCAGCCCCGCACACCUAAAACCAAGAACGAACGCUUCAACGUUUUUGAUUGGUUGUCAAUGUUUUAUCACCUGAGGGACAGGGAAAAAAUCACUCUGAAAGUGACCCAAACGAUAGCUCUCGUUUUCGCUCUCUGUUUGUUGUUAUCGUUGUAGUAUGAAUGCUCCUGUUCACUUGAAUUAGAACCAUUUUUCAAAUGUGUAUCAUUAUAAUUAUCAUCCUUGGUGUGGACGGCCCUUAAGGGUUGGGUUUCAUUCUCCAUCAGACACACUGACUAACAAUGUUCUGGUCAGAUUAUGUUGAGCUUUGGCUGCUACUGUCAUGCCUCUGUGAAUAUCAACAGCGUCCUGUGAACACUCCUCUUGGCCAGCCAGCUUGUGGUUUCUGUGUUUGACAAGACACGUCCAACUCUCAUGGAGUCCAAACAUUUGGUCAUGCAGAAGCACAUAGGCUACUUGCUUAGUAAGCAAUAAGGCCAGAGGGGGUGUGGUAUAUAGUGAAUAUACCCCAGCUAAGGAGUGUUUAUAGGCAUGAUGUGAACGUUCUAUAAUGAACAGUAUACAAUACAGUUAAACUGUUGUGUUCAGUAAGACAUACAGUAUACACUCACACUGUGCUGUCUUUCUCUCUGUGCAGGUAUGGAGAGAAGGGAGAUGCUAUCCGUAUUGAGAAGGUGAUCUACACUGGCCGGGAAGGCAAGAGCUCUCAGGGAUGUCCCAUCGCCAAGUGGGUGAGUACCAGAACCCAUACAUAACACACUGAACUUACCUCUCACAGAACAAACAAAGCCUAACCAUACACAACGCCUGGUCCCAGAUCUGUUUGUGGUCUUGCCAACCCCAUUGUGGUCAUUAUCAAGCCAAACAUGACAAUGAGUGACAGGGGGUUAGCAUAGUAGCACAAACAGACUGGCCCUCGGGCUGACACAACAUACUAGUCUAGGCAACCACAAACAAUUUCUUAUCAACACAAUGUUUCAUCAGACAUUGUAAAACCAACAGACACACGUGUAUUUUUUUUCUCUUCUAUAUACUAAGAGCCAUUAGUGAAAAUGAGUGGGUGUAGAGCAGAGUAGAUGGUAGCAGACAGACACCACAGCCUCACCCCAGACAGUAAAGCAGUAGGGGGUCCAGCAGGGGGUCUCCCUGAUCCCUCUCCCUCCCAGUUGGAGGUCUCCACCACUGUCACUCUCUUUGACACCCUGCUAAUGGUUUAAUGGCUUCUAAACAUACACUAUUGAGAGAGUAGUGGAGAAGACAGGUGUCAAUCUCACCCCCUCUCUCUCUCUCUCCCUUUCUCUCUCUCGCCAUCUCCACCCUUUCUGUCUUUCCCUCUCUCCUAUCAGGUGAUUCGUCGGGGGAGUGAGAUAGAGAAGUUGCUGUGUCUGGUGCGUCCCCGGCCGGGUCACCACUGUCCCAACGCCAUCAUCAUCAUCCUCAUCAUGGCGUGGGAGGGCGUGCCCCGGGCGCUAGGCGACAAGCUCUACAAGGAGCUCGCCGCCACCCUCACCAAGUUCGGCAACCCCACUAGCCGCCGCUGUGGACUCAACGAUGAGUGAGUGACAGGAGACAUUCACAGAACCACGAAUAAGUCAGCUGAAUAUGCUUAUAUUCUUCUUAAAUUAGCAGUAAACUCAGCAGUGCAAAGAUGUUUAGAUGGCACACUGAGGGAGGCUUUCAGCCAAAACGUCUGUGCAUGAUAAUCUCUGUUGUAGGAGUAGAAAAUAAAUGAGUAAGUUAGUCUACUUAUGGACUGCAGAGUACUUCAUUAUUGUUUUCAAUAGAUAUUCAAUGCACUGAGGCAUUCUGAUAAAGAUGACCUUGUGAGUGUCUGAUGGUUGUGAGUGAUGCUGACUGUGUUGGUGCUCUUUGUCUCCCCCUGCCUGCCUGCAGUCGUACGUGUGCGUGCCAAGGCAAGGACCCUGACAGCUGUGGAGCUUCCUUCUCCUUCGGCUGUUCCUGGAGCAUGUACUUCAACGGCUGCAAGUACGCCCGCAGCAAAAUACCACGCAAGUUCAGACUGGCAGGAGACCACCCCCAAGAGGUAAGGGACUAUGUAUAGUACCAUAUCUGUACUAUUGAGACUUGCCUUGAAAAAGGCAGUGCAGCCUCCAUAGACAAUAAAUGCUUCCCUUCCUUGCUUUUAUAGCCAAGUACUACAGCCUCAAGAUGGAACACACAACUUUCAUACCACCUGUGCACAAUUAUUAUUAUUGACUACACCACACUAAGCUAACACUGUUAUUGAGCUACCAGGGUAUACUGAUCUGUCUUUGUGUGUAUGUUAGGAGGAUCAACUCAGGGAUAACUUCCAGGAUCUGGCCACUGAGGUGGCUCCCCUGUACAAGCAGCUGGCCCCACAGGCCUACAGUAACCAGGUAACACCUGCCUUCACACCCACCAUCACCUACCUGCACUUACACUCUUAGAAAAAAAGGUGCUAUCUAGAACCUAAAAGGGUUUGUCGAAGAACCCUUGUUUGGUUCCAGAUAGAACCCGUUUGGGUUCCAGGUAGAACCCGUUUGGGUUCCAUGUAGGACCCUUUCCACAGAGGGUUCAACAUGGAACCCAAAAGGGUUCAACGUGGAACCAAAAAGGUUUAACCCUGGAACCAAAAAGGGUUCUCCUACAGGGACAGCCGAAGAACCCUUUUGGUACCCUUUUUUCUAAGAGUAUACACCUACGUGCAACUGAGAAGUAACAGCACCAGAACUCUCUAAAUAGUAGACGGUCCCUCUGAAAGUAAACAACCCAAGCUGAAGGAUGCUAUGAGUGUAAGAUAUGUUGUAUAGAGUAACAGGUUGCUCUUGGACAUGCCAUCCUCUUCCCUGUGUUCCUCAGUGAUUUUACACUCUGCUGAAGAAGUACUUUGUAGACUUCCCUCCAAAAGUACACAAUAGAAACUCACGGGAUGCUAUGAGUGUUAGAUAUGGUCUGUAGAGUAAUCCCAUGCUAACCCAACUUGUGACCCCUCUCCUGUCACUCAGUGUCAGAAUGAGACGAAAGCUCCAGACUGCAGGUUGGGUCUGAAGGAAGGCCGGCCGUUCUCCGGUGUCACCGCCUGCAUGGACUUCUGUGCCCACGCUCACAAGGACCAGCACAACCUCUACAACGGCUGCACUGUGGUACGACACACAGCCCUACCUCUAUCUCUCUCGCUUUCUCUCUUUCUGCCACUCUCUUCGUCACUCUCUUGUCAAUCUUCUUUAUCGCUCUUUCCUUCUCUUUGUGUGGACAUUAUUAUUUCUUAUUGUUGCAUUGUCGAAAAGGAUCCUGCAAGUAAGCAUUUUGUUGGACAGUGUAUCCCAUACAUACGACUAAUAAAACUGGAAAGGUGUGCAGGACAACUGUACGACAGUUACCCUGUCUCUCUCUCUACAUGGUGAAUGGGCACACAGUAGGAGUCCCACACUAACACACCUCUGUCCACCCCCAGGUGUGCACGCUGACUAAAGAGGACAAUCGUACGGUGGGGGAGAUCCCAGAGGACGAGCAGCUCCACGUACUUCCCCUCUACAAGGCCGCCCUCACAGACGAGUUCGGCAGCGAGGAGGGCCAGCGCCAAAAGAUGCGCACAGGCGCCAUUCAGGUGCUCAACAACUUCCGCCGCGAGGUCCGCAAGCUGCCCGAGCGCGCCAAAUCCUGCCGCCAGCGCCGCCUGGACGCUAAGAACCGAGCCUCUGAGAAGAAGAAGGGCAAGCAGCAGCCGCCAACGUCCACGGAGACGCUGGAGAAAUCCGUGAUCAAGAUGGAGGUCCGGCACGCUGGCUCCCCUGUCAGACAGCAUGGCAAUAAAGGUGAGAUGACCUCUACUAGAAACAUGUCGCUUCAUGAGUGUUGUGAGGUUUAUGAUAAUAAUAAACCCAUAACUCUGGUGUAAGCAAAACUCCAACCUGCUUUACAGUAUGAUGAUAAUAGUAUGGUCAUAGAGUAGAUCAGAAAUCAUCAACUAGAUUCAGCCGCGGGCCGAUUCUUUCUUGAACGGAUGGUCAGGGGGAUGGAACAUAAUUACAAAUAAUUUGUAGACUGCAAAUUGACCGCAAGAAGCCCAAACAGAUAUAAUAAAUCGCCCAUGGUCUACCAGUUGGGGAGCCCUAGAGUAGAUGCUUUAAUCCAAACGGACCUACAGUACAGUUAACACCUAUAGCUAGUCAGCUUACAGUAUGCAGCCCAUGCAGGAAUCAAACCCAUCAAUCCCAAAACUCCAACCAAGUGAACCAUUAAAACCACGUGAUCUUACACAUCUUAUCACCCCUCUCUCCUCUAUCUACUCUCCUCCACAGCGAUCCCUAAGCAGGAGGUGAAGCCCACCAUAAAGAAGGAGCCAGUGGACCAGCGCUUCCAGCCCUUCAACGGUCAGCUGGAGGGCUACCCUGCCCAGGCUGCCGACCCCUACCACGUCUACCCCUCCCACACUGGCUACUACGCACGGGGAGGCCUCCCUUCCAAUGGCCAGCCCCCUGCACUUCCACCUCCACCAGGCCCUGUCAACGGCUACCGCCCUAAUCUACCGACAGCACUGCCCUAUGGCUACUACAACUACCCCCCCAACCCUAGCACACUUUUCCCCCAUGAGCUCACUUACGAGGGCCGCAAAGGCUCCUGGCACCACACGGGGCCCAAGUUUUCCCCCAGUCCUUUGGACAAGAAGCCAGACGUUCAGAGCCUCCAGGCCAGGCUGGCUCACACCUACUCGGGCCCAGGCCACCUCGAGCUGCAGCAGCAGCAUGGAGACCCAGCCAACCAACACCAACGCAGCGCUUACCCACACCCUCACCAACCUGACUACAACCAAUCACGUCCCUCCUCAGUCUCCUCAGAGCCCUCCCACAGAGGGACCCCCGUCAUCAAGCAGGAGCCCAUGGAUAUGCCAGUUUAUGAGGGGGGCAAUGCCCAGAGCUGUCCCGGCACCACCCCACAGCCUGGCGCUGCUGGAGGGCCCUGGCCUGGGCACAAGCCAAACGGCAGUAUGGUGCCCAGCAGCUGGGAAGGCAACCUCCAAUCCCCAGGCCCCCCGGAGGCUCCCUUCACUUCAGACAAGCAGCAGUUCCACCAGCAGGGACCUCACCAGACUUUCCAGUCCCCAUACCUCCAAGAGCAGUAUCAGCAUCCCCCACAACAGCCCUCCCCAUACUCCCAGCAGUGGAACUCUUACCCUGGCCCGAACACCCCCAUGGCCUCCCCUGCUCCCUCCCCGUCCCCCUCCAUAAAGGUACCCCCAUCACCCUCUCCCUCCCCACACCCCGGCACCCCCCGCCACUGGGACAGCCCUGUUCCCAGCCCUCAGCCUUGGCCCAUAGGCAUGGUUCCUGCUGGUUACAGCCCCAGUCCCACCGGAGGCUUCCCCGACAAGAUGUGGUCCAAGGCGGGCGAGAGUUGGGGCUCGACCCCCUUAGGGCUCCAGGAGAAGGCCUGGAAGUCUUCCGGAGGCUCUAUGGCAAGUACACCGUCCCCGGCCCCAGAGGGACGCUUGUUCCCCGAUGCCCUACAGCAGUCGGCUGGACAGUCCCAGGCUGAGACCCCUCGCAACCUCGAAGAGGAAGAGAGGUGGUCGGACAGCGAGCAUAACUUCCUGGACCCCAGCAUCGGAGGGGUGGCGGUGGCGCCCGCCCACGGGUCCAUCCUGAUUGAGUGCGCCCGGCGCGAGCUGCACGCCACCACACCGCUCAAGAGGCCCGACCGCUCUCACCCCACCCGCAUCUCCCUGGUGUUCUACCAGCACAAGAACAUGAACCAGCCCUGCCACGGCCAGUUGCUCUGGGAGGCCAAGAUGAAGAUGCUGGCGGAGCGGGCUAGAGAGAGGCAGCAGGAGGCAGCUCUACUGGGGCUGCCCUACGACGACAUCAAACCUGGAAAGAAACGCAAGUUGGGGGCCACGGCAGCAGGGGCCAGCCCGGGGCCUGGCCAGACCACGGACAAGAGAGAGGGGCCGGUGACACGGCUGGCCCCCACCCAACACACCACCUCCACGGUCACUGUGUCCCCCUACGCCUUUACCACCCUCACCGGGCCCUACAGCCACUUUGUGUGA